GCAGCGCGUCACAGAAGGCGGCGGGGCGGUGCGGCGGCGGCGGCAGCGGCGGCCGCGGGUACCCCGACUUCAGUUGAGCGCCAGUGUGUGAGAGAGGGUGUGAGUUGUGACACCGAGCGGGCCUGCUCGCAGGGUGAGGACUCAGGAACUGAGCGGAGCUGACCGCAGCUCAGCGCCGCGGGGUGUGGGUGGACUCGGAGGGCCAAGGCGGCCACUGGCCGACCUAGGUCGACUGCUGUUGACCUCGAGUGUCUUCGACGACCCUGACUGACCUAAGUUAUCUGGUCUGAGCUUGGUCCUUCUCGCCUCGGCGGCGUAUCCGCCGCUGAAAGGCAGCGGGGAUGGCCAUCGGCGAUGUUGUGGAGCUGGUGGCGGCUCUGCUGCUCAGCUUGGCGGUAUGGGCGCUCUCGGCAGCCGAAUACCUGCUCUCCGCGCUCCAAAAUGCCGUGUUUGGCAACCAGCAGCUCGAUCAGCCGGGUGGCGACAGACACCAGCUGCUGGAGUGGGUACGCACUCAGCUGCCCGACCAACCCGUGCACGACUUUGGCGCCGGCUGGCGGGACGGCGUGGCCCUUCGGCGCCUGGUGGACCGCCUGGUAACCGGCCACCCGAGUGUCACCGGUCGGCCGGAGGUCACCGCAGACCGGCCCGUGCUCAACGUCAAUGAGGCAUUCAGAAGGGCACGUGAUGUGCUACACCAGCCGCCGACGCUGACCGUGACGGACGUCAUCUCUGGGUGCGACGAGGACCGACUGGCUGCCUACGUGGCCGCCCUGCGCGAGGCCGCCGAACGGCGAGGGGAGCCCGAACACCCUCCGGAGACCCCCGCCGACAUGGCCGAGCCGCCAGCGGCGGCAGCUGGCACCGGUCUGACGGCGGCCCACACCGGCCAGCCGGCGCAGUUCGCUGUCCGGCUGCCGCAGGCCGCCCGGCUCGACCUGCUGGUGGAGAUGCGCUCCGAGACGGGCGACUACUUCAGUCAGCGACUGACGCCGCGCUCGCCGGCCCGCAGGAGUCUGGAGGACGAGGCGCCGGCGCCCGUCUCCAGCAGCGGCCGGCCGAGGUCCAACAUCCCGGUGGGGUACCAGGUGACCGGCCGGACGGUGAACCUGUGGUACCAGCCGCCGGCGGCCGGCUGGCUCUCCCUCAGCAUCGUCAGCGGUGGACAGCACGUGGAGGGCAGUCCCUUCAGGGUGUACGUGGGAGAGAACGAGGAAGAAGAGGGUACAGUGGACGAUUCAGACAAGAAGUCAGAGAAAGAUGAAGUGAAGGAAGAAGUUGCCAAAGAAGUGGAAAAGCUAGUAGAUGCCGGACUGGAAUCAGUGACAGAACCAAUAAAGGAGCUUUCAGAAAAACCAGUGAAGGAUUCAGUGAUAGAGGAUGGCAAGGAACAUUCGGAGAGGGUAGCGGACGAGCCAGCGGGAGAAGGAAAUAAAGGCAACUGUAGUAGAAACGGUCAAACAGCCAGAGCCAGACUCAGUAGCAGAGGCAGUGGUAGAGGCAGUGAAGGCGAAAGUGUCAGAAGCGGCUGUGAAGGCGGCGGAGGAAGAAGCGACUGAGGCAGCAGGAAAAGAAGUCGAGGGCCCUGCUGGACCAGAAGAGAAGGAACAAGACGAGACAGUUGAGUCAUCAUUAGAUGAACAGGUACAGAAACUGUCGAUGACACAGUCUGAGAGUGAGCCGGCAGAUGAAAGGGCUGAGAAAGUAGUAGAAGAUUCUGUCAAGGAUUCAGACAAGAUAUCGGCUGCAGAAGCUGUGGAACAGCCACUGGAGGAGUGUUCUGUAGAGACGGCCGGUGAGCCGCUCGUAGCGGAGGAAAAGGAGCCUGAGGAUGAAGCAGCUAGUGAAUCAGUGGUGGAGGCACCAGAGGUAGCGACAGAAGUAGUUGAAAGAGCAAAGAAUAUUGUGAGCGAGACAAUUGAAAAGGCACUGCAGCAAAUCCCGUUGAAUGCAUCGCAAAAAACAGUGGUGGACGCAGAGGUUGCUGAAGUGAUAGAAGACGUCGUGGGCUCAGCAGCAGAGGGAAAAGGAGAAUCAUCAGAAGGGAGCACGACAGAGUCACCUGAAGAAAUAGGAGAGCCGGCAGCAAAAGAAGUGAGAGAGCUAGAAGAGAAAGAAGAAAUGAAAGAGCCGCUGACAGAGGUAAUAGAAGCAAACCAGGCUACAGCACGGACUGAGGCAGUACCAUCUCCUACUCGCCGCACGCCGCCUCUUCGUCUUCUCUCCACCGUUCAGGAGAUGUCUGUAGACGUGCUCGUACCAACGGCUGAUGACGUUCACCCUGAUAACGUCACACCCAACAGUCCUAUUCUCGAAGAACAGAAGGAAGGCGAAAAGAGUGAGAAUCAGGAAAACAAUCAAAAUGAAGACAGGAAGCCGUCUACACCAAUUGAACAGCUGUCUGAUCAGCCAGACACCCUACCAACCCCCGCACCCCAUUCCGGUGACAAGGUAAGCUCCGAUCCGAAUGCAGAGCAGGAUCCGUUAGCGGAGCCAGAAAGUCCCGGCGCUGCAGCUUCAAAGGAUGCCGCCACCACCACCACCAUACCGACAGGUGAAUUUCCGGAAGCUGCAGCGGCUGUCUCUCCCAGACAGGUGUCAGAGCCAAAGCAGCGUAGUUUAGAACAAACGGCCGCCGCCCUGGUGGCGGCAGUGGUGUCGGCUGCGGAGGCGGCUCUGGCGUCAGUGGACGCUGGUGGUGACGCCGACCAGUCCGCACAAACACCUAACGAGCAUAACGAACCAAAUCAUCCGGACGGCAAGCCUAACGAAUUGGCCGAAAUCAAUGCAUCUGCGGCGGAAAAGACUGAGGACGUGGAGGAGGUGGUGAUGCCAGAUGCAUCACAAGUAUCACCCGAGCCUAGUGACUCGCCAGAUGACAUACCAGACGUUCAAAUUCAUGACAAGGACUCGCAACCAGAGAUAAACCAUGUCAGUGAAAAUUCAGCUGAAUUGGCAGUAAAUGCUGAGCCCGCAAGCAACCAUGAAGCGCAACACAGUGAAAAUCAAACCGAACCAGUUCUCGCGAGGCAGGUGAACGAGGCGCUUGAAAGUCAGAUCAUGCCCACCAAAGUUUCUCCGGUGAACGCACAGGACGACAAUCACACAGGGAAGGAUACGAUUCCAGUUCACAGUGAUAAACCGACAACUCCAAAACCGUCUCGGAAGAUCAGCUGGCAAGAGCGUGUGGUGGUGGCAGACACAUUUGAUAACGCAGAGGCUGAUGAAGCGGAUGAAGAGGCCGAAGAGCUGUUCACGCCGAUGUCUCCCGUGCACGAGUAUACACCGUCGCCGCCACUCUAUCGACGCAACACGUUCGACGAGCUGGUCGCCGUCACAGACGUUCCCAACUCUGAAUCGAAAAGAGAGGUGAAAAUUCAGCAAAAGCGCAAACUUUCCCGAAAGGAGAGCAGACUUCGACACUCUCGAUCAAGAAGUAGCAGCGGAGACCUUGAAAGUCCGGUUCCUAAAGAUUCUUGCAUUGAGCGCAACGAACAUCCUCUAAACUUUGCACUGGACAAAGAUGUUUCAGACGAAGAAAAGCAUUCCGCUGCCGCUGUCGACGUCGCUGCAGUGCAAGUUGUUGCAGCAGAGAGGCUUCCUGAUGAAAAAGUUCUUGAUCAGAGUGAUCACAGCAAUGAGAAAACAGAGGCGGCCGUGAAACACGAAAAGAAUCGCAAGAUCAGCUUCAUUGAAAAAAUCGACGUCAUUGAAGUUCCAGUCGUAAAGCCCGAGGACUCAAAAACAGAGGAAAAAUUUGAUCCGCAUCCGAAGCUCGUCAUUCAGGAUUCCAUUGAUGAGCCAGCUGACUGGAUUCACGCACCUCUCUCGGAAUCAAAAAAAGAACUUGAGGUUCUCGAGAAGGUAUGCGAAGAUAAUGAAGAGCAGACGGAGAGCCAACUUCCACUGCAGAGUGAUACAAAUAUUACCCCCAUGAACGACAAAGAUGUUCAGUCAGCAGCAGACAAAACACCUGCCGAGCCAUUUGAACAGCCCAACGGCAACAGGCAGCCAUCAGUUGAGACUCCAGCAAAUGAAGAACAGUCUGAGGACAAAGCAACACUCUCACAUGUGAUAGAUCGAAGCAGGCUAUUACAGAAAAAUAUAAUACUGUCUAUGUCAACAAGCAGCUCUGACUCGGAUGAAGAAGCCGCUCACAUGUCUGACGGUCAGAGAAAAAAGUCACAGAAAACUUCGGACGAGUCUAGCUCCUCGUCAGAUGAUGGGAAAAGCAGUGCUUCGAAAGCAGCGGUGAAGUCUGAUGACAAGAACGAACCCAAGCUCGACACAAAUGACGGAGCUGUCAAAGAGCACAAAGAAGAGGGAAUUCCAAAGCGUGUAGGCCACGAUGAAUCCAGCUCACCAUCGGAAGGCGAUGAUGCUAAUGAAGCGUUACAGAAAGAGAAGACUGUUCCAUCAUCAACUGCUUCUGGUCAAGGACACCCUUGUGUUCCUUUGGAAGACACCAGUGCAAAGAAAAAGACCAAAUCUAAUUCAGAGGGCUCUGAGAGCUCAACAUCAUCUUCAGACAAAAACGAAGCAACAAAGAACGCAUCACAGAACAAGAAGAAGAAAAAGAAGAAGAGGCGGAAGAGGUCGAGUGGUUCUAGUUCUUCAUCAGAUGACAGCAGCGUUACUAAACAAAGUCGAAAGAAGGACAAGGCAAAACCAAAGUUGACAAGCUCCGGAAGCUCAAGCUCAUCAUCAGAUGACAGCAAGGCUAAGGCGGAAAAGUUACAGCAAAAGAAAAAGGAGACCAGCUCUAGCAGUUCGGACACCGACAAACAUGAAAGCAGUGCUGAGAAAGGAGCCUCAAAGAAAGACGAUGUCAGUGAAAGGUCAAAAACAUCGAGUGGAUCCGAAAAAAGAGCGUCAAAGUCUCGAUCGGUGUCAUCUAGUAGCAGUGGCUCAUCGUUAGACCACAACGGCUCCCAAAAGGAAGCAUCAAAGGAAGACAAACCAGCGUCAAAGCCUGAGAGUCGUAAAAGCUCCACCUCAUCUUCAGAUAACAACAAGAAAGGUGAAGCACUCCAGGAAGAGAAAGAUAGGCCAAACACUUCAGAUUCCAGUACCUCAAGUUCGUCUUCAGAUGACAGUAGUACUGAAAAGAAAUUACCGAAGAAGGACUCGAGAAAGACAACAUCUCGAAGUUCUAGAAGCUCCAAUUCUUCUUCAGAUGACAAGGACGCUGCGGUUGAAGCAGCGACAAAGAAAGAAGAAGCAAAGUCGAGUUCUAAAUCUUCCAGUAGCUCGUCCUCAGAUGAAGGCAAAUGUGACAAGAAGCGCUCAAUGAAAGACAAAGCAAUGCCAAAGCGGGCAACCUCCAGGAGCUCCAGUUCAUGCUCAGAUGACAGAGAAGGUAAGGGUAACACGACGCAGCAAAGAAAUGCGACGGUGAAACCAAAGUGCUCUGAAAGUGCCGACACAUCUUCAAAUGCCGAUAGUGAUCGGGAAGGCUUCUCGAAGGAGGAAAAGGCUAAGCUUAAAAAACAGAGCUCUAAAAGUUCCAGUUCAUCUUCAGAUGACAAUGCUGCUACAACUGAGGUGAAGCGGAAAAAUAAGUCAAAAUCCAGCUCAACGACAUCCACUAGCUCUAGCUCGUCUACAGAUGAUGACAAAGCUCAAAACAAAGCCUUGAAGAAAAAGAAAAACACGUCUCGCUCAGCAAGCUCCAGUUCAUCUUCAGAUGGCAGCAAAAGAAAUAAGAGCACAUCGCAAAAGAAGAAAGCUCAGUCAGGACAGGCCACCUCGAGUAGCUCAAGUUCGUCUUCCGAUGACAGCAGUGUUGAGCAAAAAGACGCAAAGAAAGACAAAAGCAAUAUGAAGUCAGCGAGUCCUAAAGGGUCCAGUUCAACUUCAGAUGAAGAAACGAGAAAAAGGCACACAUCACCUAAGCCGGCAAACUCAAAAGACAGUUCAUCGUCGGCAGAGGAUAAUGUUACAUGUGGGAACUAUGCAAAUGAAAAGGAGAAAAGCAAGAAGAGAGAGCUAUCACCAGCCAGGACGUCAAGCCACAGUGAAACCAAAUCGGCUUGUCAAGGAAGCAAUGCUGAGAAAGAGUCGAUGCUGGAAGAGCAAGUCAAGCUGAGAUCGUCUUCAAGUAUCUCAAGCUCCACGUCGGAAGAUGAAGGAAAACCGUUGGAUAGGUCUCGUGAAAACGCAGCAAUGACUGAAAAGCAGGAUGACAUGCCACACACUGACGAUAUUUCUGACGAUCGCAACCAAAUCAAGUUAGAGGUUUGCGUCAAUGAACAACCGUCUUCCAGCGUGGCUGACGAUAUCGAGAGUCAAGUCAAAUUACCUUCCUUAGAGCUAGCGACCACAAGUGAUGUCAGCGAAAACAAAGCAGCUGAAAACGACACCGAAGUCAAAGACAAGUAUGUCCCUUCGAGCGCUGAAACUUUGGAAGUAAAAGUCAACAUUCUUGCAGAGACAGGUGACAGUGCUCAAGAAACUGCUCCUGAAACAGAGGCCAUCAAAAACAUCGAAGUGUCUGUUGACAUAUCCCUUGGCCAACAGCUUGUCCGGUCACGAUCAGAUGUCGAAGACGAUGCUGAAACGCAAGAAAGACCAAUGACGGUUACUGUCCUUCCCAGUUGCGCUCACAUACGACCAGAUGAACCAAAAUCGAAAGGUAGAUCAGACUCUGAGUCAUCAUCUAUCAGUGAGGAAAUUGGUGUUCAAGAAGAGACCCAGAAGACCGGCACAUGUACCGAAACACCUGUGAUACGAGACACCACUCCGGGCGAUUCCCUCGGUGAAAACAAGACAGGAGAUGAAGUCGAAGUACCGAUCGAUGUAGAUCAAGAAUUGGAUUUCGAUGUAGUUGGUCUGGUGAGCAAUGUCGUGAACGAGUCACGUAGCCCAGUGCACCUCACCACACAAGGAGAGAUACAAGACUCCCCAGUCAUAGUUGAGAAGAUUGUGACUGAUGUAACGCAAGAAAAUGCGCCGUUGGGAAAAGACGAUGCACUGGAGCGGCGCUCGUCUACUUCCAGUGAGUCUAGUUCUUCUGGCAGUGACGGUGAAAAAGGUGGAAAGAUGAACGUGGAUGCACCGAUAUCUGACCUAGUGCCCACAUCGAAAGAAGACGUCAUUGUGAGGUGCGACGAACAGAAGACGGAGAAUCAGCCUGCUGCUCCCAUGCCCAAAUCAGAAGUGCUUGAAGACAGCGCUGAGGAACAGCAAGUCGAUGCGGGGAAGAAUGACAUGCAAGAUUCACCCUUACCCAGUACAAAUGAAACGAGCUCCCCAAAAAGUGAAGAAGAGACCCAGCAAAGUAAAGAGACCUCUGAACCAAACCAGUCCUUUUCAGACAAUGAGUACCAAACGAAAGAAACAAACCUUCCGACCUUCGCCGUAGACGAUCAAACGGGAAAGCAAUGGAGAAAGAAGUCUAGGACAUCUGACACAAGUAGCUCCAGCAGUCCGUCUGACGACUCUGAGGACUCCAUCAAAGCGAAAACGUCAGAAGCAGCACAUGAAAAAAUUGUUCGCGCAUCUAGCUCUUCAUCUUCCAGUGAAACAUCUGCUGAGCAGGAUGAAAAACUCAGCCCAGAAAAGACACCUAAUGUCAUCGAAGACCUAUGCGAUGCCAUCAUUCCCGAAAAACCUAGUUCUGCCUCUCACGAAGACAAGAACGUAGUGAAGAAAGAAGGUAGCAAUGAAAAGAAAAAUGAUGUCAAGACAGAAGACCCAACGGUGUCAAACACAUCGAGCUCAAGUCACUCCAGUGAAUCGUCCGUUGACGAUCACCGAAGGGAUAGUGCAGAGCAUAAUGAAAAGCAGGACAUGGUGAAACAGGAAGAUGAACCGUCAACUGUCUCGUUGGAUAUUGAAGUUGAUAUCAUGAAGGAAGUCGACAAACCAGCUGGAGAAUCUGGCAAAAGUCCCGAACCAGAGACCUCUGUCGUGCUAGAGACGCACAUGGCUUCCCAGUUUGCAGUUGCGGAGGAAUUCCCUUCUUCAGAUUCUGAAGACCAAGAAGCGCACGAGGUAAUAAUUGGCAUCGACAAAGUAGAACCGACUCAAGCUGUUGAGAGACAGUCACCUCCUGCGACUGAAGUCGUAAACGCUGAAAUGGAAGCUGAAAACGGCAUUGACGAUGGGACCUUCGGAAAGAAAGAGCGCACCACUGUAGAGGUAGCUUCCUCUUGUGAUGAAGGGGAGCGGAAUAGUGUUCCCGAAAGCCAAGAUGAUUCCCUUGCUAUCCUGGUUACGAAAAUUGUCCCAAAUGAAAAUGAAAGUCAGGAAGAAAUCCUUACAGAGGUGACAAAGUCCGAGCUUGACCAAACUCCCCAGCACAUCCCGACACCUCUUGAUGACAUCAGUCAGCUUCCUGUUUCUGUUCCGAAAGAGGAAAUUUCAUUGUUCCAAAGUCCAGAGUGUCUGUCGGAAACGCCAAAAACUAUUGCAGAAAGUUUUGACAACAAAACAGAGACACAAGAAAGUUUGAAACCAGCAGCACCAUCUUCUCUGCCAGCUUCAACCAAGCCAAGCAGAAAGUAUAGUGACCAAUACUCCAACUUUGAAACACCUCGUGAUUCACGAUACCGACUACAAGACAUGCAAGAACGCAGUAAGUCGUCUGUCGGCCAGCAAAGAACACGGAUACGGCCACAGGUCGAAGUGACGUCAGCUGUCUUGCCUUGUUUGGUUGAAGUAAGAACAGCAUUGCCGCCAUCUGGAAUUCCCUCCGAGGUUCUUGAGAACAUGGAAAAUGUCACUGAUGUCAUGAAGGAAGAGAAGCCUCCUAAGGUAGCUGAACUAAUCGUGCCAGAAACGUUGACAAAUGUCAACCAAGGAAACAAAGAGAUGGAGAGCUUGCCAGUUGGAGACAAUGUCGUCGAGGUUUCAUUGGAACAACACUUAUCAGCAAUGGACGAAAAACAUUCCCCCGCUGCUGUCUCCAGUAGCUCAAGCUCGUCUUCGGAUUCAGAAGAAAACAAAGCCAAAACCGAUAAAUCUCAAGAUUGUGAGAAAGAGAAGAAGACGCCCAAAAAAGAAACCGAACGAAAAAGUAGAGCCUCGUCUAGCAGCACCAGCUCAUCAUCUGAUUCUGAUGAAAACCGAAAAAGGAGAAAGACGUCCAGGAAAAGUUCCAGCUCGUCCUCUGAUAGCAGCGCUAGGAAACAUAAGAUAGAUAAGCGAAAGGACAGUGCUUCAAAACAACCAGUUGCAGUAAAAAAAGAAAAACAGAAACGUUCGAGCUCGUCAAGUUCCAGCGAUUCACACGAAAAGAGGCAGCAUAGAAAAAGUGAUACGUUGGCAACUGCAGAAGUCGGCGACAAAGUUGCUAUUAGUACUUCUAGUGACUCAAGUUCUGACGAAGGCGCUACCAAAUCCCAUCGUAGAAAUUCCGUUGAAAAGGAGGGAAGGAAACCAUCGAGCAGCGAUAAGGAAGAAACUGCGCCUGACCUGAAAGACAAAAGAAAGCCAACGAAAACGAGCAGCUCUAGCGGGACGAGCUCUUCAUCAUCUUCAUCGUCGAGUGAUGAGAAUGCUAAGCCGGAGAAGGAAGCAUCCAAGUCAUCAUCAUCCACCAGCUCUAGCUCUUCGUCCUCAGAAGACGAUGUGAAAAACUCACAUACACAUGAUCGUAGAAAGAAAAAAUCACAUGGGUCUUCAUCAGAUGACACCGAAGUCAAAAAGUCAACCGAAAAGAAGGAAAAGGUGAACAGAAGUGGGAGUAGUGUAUCCUCGAGCUCAGAUAAAGAGGGCUCCCAAGCUAAGACAAGUGGAAGUGAAAAAGGACAUCCAUCGAGACCCCACAAAACAUCAGAAUCAUCUAAGUCUAGUGAUUCAAGUUCAUCCGAUUCAAGAUCAUCGGACUCAGAAAAUGAGGCGAAGAAGAGGAAGGAUGUGUCGUCUGUUCCUGACGUAAAAGAAGCUACGGAUGAGCCUCAUCCAAAGCUGCCAUUGGCGCCACCACCAACGUCCAGAUUACCCCUACAAACGUCGCGCGAUGAAGAAAUUCUGGAAAUCGUCGAAAAAGUACUUGAGGACAGUGAGAUAGGUAGUCUUGAUCGAAAUGCCCCAUCAAGCGCCAUUCAUGAGAGCAUAGACGGCAAAAACGACGCUGAUCAAAUGAAAGACGAUGCCUUGCCUACUUCUGAUCAAAACGGUUUAGAAGAUUGGGUUAUCGUACCGGAAACGGUAGACGAAACACAGGCUGCACCGCACAUCGUUAACGAGAAGACACGUGACCCCGAAUUAACCCAACACGAGUCAUCAAACCUCCAUGGCCCAACGCCAGAAACGAUCAGUAAGGAGGAGCCAGUAGAGGGCGAGCGUGGCCAGCCUGUGUCGGAGUGGGUGAACAUGUGGGACUCCGCCAUCAGUGCGGGCUUGUAUCCGACUCCAACAGCUGAUGUGUCAAAAGACUCCAAGAGUUGCAUUCAGAGCCGCAACAACCCGAAGCUGCGAGCAACGCCAAGCAGAGUGACCCGGAGACUGCCACGAAGCCAGAAGACGCUCCCUCAGGAUCGUCCUCUGUUGAGGCACCUCAAGUGAUCGCCAAAGAGGAGGCUGGGAUCGUUCGUGCAGAGCCCGCUCGACUGAUCGAAGAUGAGCCAUGUGUCGACACAAACGUGUCCGAGCAGCCACCUGUGAGUGGCGUUGAAGGUGCCUUUGAGGCCAUUCUAGUCAAUGUCGUGCCAGAACUCCCGAUCGAUGACAAUCAAAGCAAAGUCGAGAAGAACAGCGAAGACCUGGACAAGCCCAGCGAGAAGACCAUACGCGAUAAGACGGAGGACGAAACGUACCAGGCUUCUCUCUGUUACAUUGACCCCGAGUUGCCAAGCCCAGUGGAGAAAGAUGGUGACGCGGACAACACUUGCCCGGAUCUUAUGCGUCCGGAGGACACCCUAAGUGAGUCGCUGCCGGCCUUUGUCCGGGAGCCGGUGCCAGCGGUGUGGAGGAGAGCGUCGGUCGAUCGUCAGGUGGGGAAGUUCAACAUCACAUGCAUCAUUCGACCGAACGAGGCGCACUUGCAUGGCUCCGAGACCCGAGUUACCCUCCGAGGCAGACGGACAGGAAGUGGCUCAACUUGGAGAACUACACCAUCAUGCCACCGCCCCAAUCUCCGGAAAGUGUCAGGAAGAACACCGCGGAGAGUGACCUGGGGUCGAAGACCACCGUGUACCUGACACCGAGGUCACCACCGAACGCUCGUCAGGAGCUGGUGGCCCUGCGGUGUGUCAGGAACAGUGAGGACGACAGCAGUCUCACCUACCUGCCAGAGCUGAGAGAUCUAACACCGGACAUAGGCGACGGGGAGAAGAGCUUUCAUUGGAACGGCAGGAGCAAAGAGGUCGAUAAAUCCACGGUGCCUCACUUACAUUCCCAGCCUCCACUAGCUGAUGUGAAGAAAAAGCGGCUAGCGUAUGAAAACG